GCCGUGGUAACAGUGUUGCCCUCGGGGAAGUUUGUAGCUGCAGAGGUGAAGAGCUAUUCUGUGUGCUUUAACUGCCAUCUUCAAUAAACGUUAGCUAGAUGGAGCAGGAUUUGGCCGAGGGUAAAAUCAUCCGCUCUCAUAAACAGAACACAAGCGAAAAAUGGAUGUUUCUCACCCCUAUGAUCAACAGCUGCAAGUUGCACCUCACGACUGUGAAAUCUCUCGUGCCAGCGAGAGCACAAGCGAUGAGUGAAUCUCAAGAUCAUGUAAAAGAAACAUUUAACCACUCUGACCUAGAAAACAGUUUACAUGCAGGCAUCCAGAAAAGAGUUGUACAGGAACUAUUUGCAAGUGACAAAUGUACAUAUAAUCAAAAAGUGCUGCUCAGUGGAGCUGCCGUUUCAAAUGCUGCAUACAAAGCAAGACACACAGCAAGGAGACAAACCCAGUGUACGGGGGAAACUUUUGGCCAUGCCUUAAAAAAUGCAAAACCUGCAGGUGAUUUUCCUGGAUGUAAUUACAGUGCUGUGCCUGGUUUUCUCUCCACUCAAUUGCCUUUCACAUCCAGUUUUCAACGAAUUGACUUGGAAAGACAAUCUCUGGAGGAAUGCCCACAGUUGGACUUUGUAAAAGAACUGCAGUUUCUCAACCUUCAGCACAAUCUAAUUACAAAGAUCCAAAAUUUGUCACAUUUGCAGCAGCUGGUUUUACUGAAUUUGCAUGACAAUCACAUCAGUGACAUGGCUGGCAUUGAAGUUCUGAGGUCUCUCAAGAUCCUCAUACUGGGGAAGAACAGAAUUCAUGAAAUCUGCUGCCUGGACAGCUUGUCUAAACUGAAUAUGUUGGAUUUGCAUGACAAUCAGAUCUGCAGGAUAGAAAAUGUGUCUCAUCUGAGUGAAUUAAGAGUGUUGAACCUAGCAGGAAACAACAUCUCCAAAAUGGAAAACUUGCAGGGUCUUGACUCUUUGACUGAACUGAACCUAGGGCAGAACUGCAUCUCUGUUGUGACUGAGGUGGACCGCCUGCCCUUGUUGCAGCGCCUCUUUCUCAGCUGCAACAACAUCACCAGUUUUGACCAGCUAGCCUGCCUUGGAGAGUCGUGCUCCCUUUCUGAGCUCACGCUGGAUGGGAAUCCUGUAGCCCUGGAGACAUGGUACAAGCAGGCCGUCCUGCGCUGUGUGCUUCAUCUCAGACAGCUGGACAUGAAGCGCAUCACAGACGAGGAUCGGCGCAUGGCAGGUGUACAGGCUCGAAAAGAGGAGGAAAAGAAGAAGGAGAGUCACAAGCAGACCAUUCAUAAGGAGAAGCGGCGUCUAGCAAUCCGUAAUGCUGCACAGCAGUGGGAGGGUGUCAGGGCCUGCCUGGAGCUCCCAUCCACAAAUGGCGCUAAAGAAGAAGUCAGUCCAGAGAACAGCCCGGCUCACAGCCCCGCCCAGACCAAUGGCCUUACACAGGAACCUUCCCCUGAUGAACCGAGGCGGGUAAGCCCAGGUUCAGGACCAGAGCGGCCAUCUGGGGGAACAGAAAUCAGACUCCAGAGCAACAGCCGUCCAAACAGCCCACGAGACCCCAAGCUUGUGGAGGCAGGGAGUGGCAGUGUUCAAAGCUUGUCCUUGUCUGACAGUCACCUGGCAGAGCUGGAUGGAGACACCCUGCGUUUAUUUGGACUUGGAGCCCUGGAGGCCCUGGAGAGGGGCUGGGGUGUUCAGACUGCUGGUGCUGUCACUGUAAUAACCUUCCGCUACAUCAACUUUGAUGCCAUAGUACCAACACUGCCACGAAUAAGAGUCAAGUUCCCAAAUCUGUCGCAUAUGAUAUUCCUGGAAACCAACAUCAGCCGUCUGCCGCAGCUGGCAGCCCUGGCUCAGGUGAGGCGCCUAGACCAGCUGACCAUACACCCAGACGGCAACCCAGUGGUCAGUUUGACUCUUUGGCGCUCCUUUGUCAUCUAUCGUCUUCACCACUUCAACCUGCAGAGGAUAAAUGGCCAGGAGGUGACCAUGAACGACGUUAUCGCUGCAGAACGUGUAUUUGGAACACUGGGCCAUAUAGCAGCCACCGAAACUCCACGUUGCCGGCUCCUUCUGCUGCUUGAGGAGUCCAGGAAGCGGCAGUUGCAGUUCCUGUUGGAGGGGCGUGGCCGGCGGGCAGGACUCAGUCCAGAGGAGCUGCGUGAUAAUGGGAAACUCCUGGGAGAAGGCCUGAGCAGAGCGUUGUUUAACUAUCCAAGCAGAGACUGCAGUGCAGAGAGCCCUGAGGAGGGCAGUGUGGAGUCGUCAGAGCGUGCUACUAUGGUAGAGCAGUACCUACAGGAGUUGGUCCAAAGUGCAUCAGACACCAACCUGAAGGGCGAGGCUUUACACAAGCUCUGGCCUUCCAUGUUUGCAGAGAUGGUGAGAGACUGUGUCUUGGAGAUGAGGGACCAAGCGACCUUCCGCCAAGCCAGCCUGGCAAAGCUCUCUGAGACCAAGUGAAAAGGACCAAAGGUUCACUGUUAGGCAACAUACAUGCACACGUGGACAGAGCUUUCUUGGGCAUCUUCGUCCUUUCAUUUCAAAAUGGAUAACACAUAAUCACUUUAUCAGUUUUAAUGCAUUUGGAAACACAAGGGUGUAUUUCCUUAGUCUGUUGGAAGCUUCUGCUUGAAAUGUACGUAGACUAUUUUAUAGGUGUCUGAAGAAAUUGUCUGAAUGUAGAUUUUUCACUAAAAACCCACAGUUUGAGUCUUCAGAGCUUGAAGGUAAAUAAUACUUGAAGAAUGUUAAAGAGACUUAGUGACUCAAUGUGCAUUGUUGCCCCUAGGGAGCAUUGUCUGCACUUUAAAAUCCAUCUGAAUGACCCUUCUACACCAUUAAUAUCAUCAGCUGAAAAUGACCAGUGUCUCUUUUCUUGAGACUAGAAUGAUUUUUCUGUCUUAAAGCCUGUCUCAUCCAUUGCUCUCUCAUUUCUUCCUGCGGGGCAUAAAUGCAAGGGCACAAACAAGGACAAGGUCUUUUCUUUGUUUACCACUGAUUUUCUGUAUUGUGCUUAGUAUUAAACAAUUCUGCAUUAACACUGAGA